AUGACUGUGGACCUAGAUAAGAGAUUACGGCCAGGCCGGGACUAUUACCUCGCAUUGGGACUCGAGGGCUCGGCCAACAAGCUCGGCGUGGGUAUCAUCAGGCACGGCGUGGGUGAGCCAGGCCCUCACAAUAGUGCACAGGUCCUCUCCAACGUCAGAGAUACCUACAUCACCCCUCCAGGAGAGGGAUUUCUACCACGAGACACAGCCCGCCAUCACCGCCACUGGGUGGUACGGAUCAUCAAGCGGGCGUUGGCCGAUGCCGGCGUAUGUGGCCGUGAUUUGGACUGCAUUUGUUUCACUCAAGGGCCUGGAAUGGGUGCUCCUCUCCAAAGCGUUGUAAUAGCCGCCAGAACUUUGGCCCAGCUUUGGAACUUGCCGUUGGUGGGGGUAAACCACUGUGUGGGCCACAUAGAAAUGGGCCGUGAGAUCACAGGAGCGCAGAACCCGGUGGUGCUAUAUGUUAGCGGAGGUAACACUCAGAUCAUCGCGUACUCCAGACAGAGAUACCGGAUUUUUGGCGAAACUUUGGAUAUCGCCAUUGGGAACUGUUUGGACCGGUUUGCUCGAGUGCUCAAGAUCUCCAAUGACCCGGCUCCAGGGUAUAACAUCGAGCAAAUGGCGAAAAAAGGCCGUCAUCUUGUUGAACUACCAUACACGGUGAAAGGAAUGGACAUCUCGAUGUCGGGGAUCUUACAGUAUGUGGAUGUGUUGGCCAAAGACAUGUUUUCCAGCACCCCCAAGAAGAACAAAAACCUUGUGGACCAAGAGCUGGGUGAGCUCAUCACUCCGGAAGACCUCUGUUUCUCGCUUCAAGAGUCUCUUUACUCGAUGUUGGUGGAAAUCACUGAAAGGGCCAUGGCCCAUGUUCAGAGCAACCAGGUGUUGAUUGUGGGGGGAGUCGGGUCCAAUGAGAGACUUCAGGAGAUGAUGGAAUUGAUGGUGAAUGAUCGGAAAAAUGGGUCUAUUCAUGCUACAGACGAGAGGUUCUGUAUUGACAAUGGAAUCAUGAUAGCCCAUGCGGGGUUGCUUAGUUAUAGAAUGGGGCAGACCAAGGAGUUGAAGGACACGGUUUGCACCCAGAGAUUUAGAACCGAUGAGGUGUGGGUGAACUGGAGAGAUGACUAG